AUGGAGAGGGCUUUUUAUAAUGGUGAAUAUUAUCGUGAGUCCUACAAGGAUCGACCGCAGCUCCGGGAGCCAGUGGAUUCUGGAGCAGCCCCUGCCAGCCCCCUAGGUGGGGGUGUGAUCCAGAGACAUUUCUUAGGGACCCUGCUGCUACCUCCAUUGUCCAGCCAUCUGGAGACCUCAGGGGAGCCAGAGUCUGAUGCCCAUGUGGUUUUCACCAUUGGAACUCAAGGAGCAGAGAUAAGCCAGGGCCCAUCUCAGAACCAGCCAGCGGAGGUGGAGCUUCCCAGGCUGUCCAUGGAGGACGCAAGGCCCAUGUCCCAGAUCAGUACCCUGCGCGGGACCACUUCCACCAGCCUCCCCACAGCUGUGAUCCCCGGCUUAGGGGUCCAGACAGACCAGGAUGGGCAGCUGGCUAAGGUGGAACUUGAAGACGCCAACAAAUGGGGACUGGAUAUGUUCAAAGUAGCUGAGCUGAGCAGAAACCGGCCUCUGACAGCUGUCAUGUUCAGCAUCCUCCAGGUCUGUGAAGGAGACCUGCUCAGGACAUUCCAGAUUCCGGCAGACAUGCUAGUGACACACCUGCUGACGCUGGAGGGUCACUACCAUGCCGAUGUGGUAUACCACAACAGUGUGCAUGCUGCGGAGGUGCAGUCUGCGCAUGUGUUGCUAGGCACGCCCGCUUGGAGGUACCACGCCGUGUUCACAGAUCUGGAAGUCUUGGACACUAUCUUUGCCUGUGCCAUGGCUGAGCUCUUCUAGCAGGGUGACAGGGAACGAGAGUCGGGCCUGCACAUCAGCCCCAUGUGUGACAAGCACUCUGCCGCAGUGGAGAAAUCUCAGGUGAAAUUCAUUGACUACAUCGCCCACCCACUGUGGGAAACAUGGGCUGAGCUGGUGCACCCUGAUGCUCAGGAGCUGUUGGAUACCUUGGAAGACAACAGAGAGUGGUAUCAGAGUAGGAUACCCUGCAGCCCCACCCACACCAUGGGUCAACAGCACUCUGGCCUUGACAGGUUCCAGUUUGAGCUAACCCUGGAGGAGGCAGAGGAGGAGGAUGAAGGACAGACUCAACACUGA